GUAUUAUCCACAUCCGUCUCUCGCAAUGAGCCAGCUGCCACUAUCCCCUCCGCCGGAGCCACGGUUGGAGCCUCAACAGCCGGUCCCGCUCACUGCGAGUGUUCGUAUCACCCCGAUCCACGAACUCCUCCCCGACAUCCGCGUGCCUGCCGAACCGCUGCCGCCUCAUCGAUACCAUCCCGUCACCUGCGCGCCGCUCGAUGUCGUCGAACUCAGCUUAGAACUGCAGCAACUUCGAAAGGAACACACCACACCCGUUGCUGCUCUGAAGGCGCAGAGGGAGCUCGCCAAAGAAGUUAAACGGCGGAUGGAACAAACGGAAGCGAAAAUGGACAGUAUCCAAAAGCAGAUGAAGAGGAAGAAAGAAGAAAGAGAUACCGAAAGACGGGUAUUCUCGAAAAUUAAGAAGGAGAAAGAAGGAAAGAUGUGAUUGCUUUAAGAUGACGUAUUGCACCCCCUGACGGCGUUACGUUGAUGCUAUGAUCGAGCCUACUUUAUUUAC